AUGCUGCCGCCAGAACUGUUGUCGAUGGUGUGCACCUACCUGGAGCCCCGGGAUCUUCUUGCUCUGGCGGAAACGUCGCGCUCACAGCACGUGGCGCUCUCAGACAUCCGCAAAAUGCUGCUGCGAUGCCCGUAUUUCAGCCUGGAACACAGCGACUGGAGCUCGUGGCAGGCGCUAGCAGACAACUACAACAGCCACAAAGAGGCAGUGGCUUUCACACACAUCCAGAUGGACGACCACUACAACAAGCCGCUACCGGACGACUUCAUCGCUCUGCAGGGAGACAUGCAGCGCAAGUCGCGGUACUGGUGGAACUACUGCGACAGAGGAAUCUACGACCAGACAUCGUCAUCGUUUGUGGAUCUCAGGACAGACUCCGGCACUGACACAUACAUGUCCAAGGAAGAAGCCCGGUCCUUCUUCUUUGGAAACGUGAGAUCCGACGAUGACUACAUCCACUACCAACACACCACCGACACCGCCACAGUGCUGGCGCGACGCGGCAAGGAAGUGGUUCUUCAGAUCAAGUACCGCGGUGAAGAAGACUACCACGAGUUCUUGAUCAGCUCGUCGUCGUCGUAUUUACACUCCUACGAGUUGCAACAGAUUGACAAUGUGGCGUUUGUGUACCGAUGCGACAGCGACGAAGAAAACGAGGGAACAUACUGUGUUGCUCCAGGCCGCGGGCUUGUGCCCGUAGAAGACGGUGGCGGGUCCACUUCGCCGCCUUAUGGGUGGUUGCAUUACAACGGGUGUUUAUACAAGGGCAUCUACAACGAGAAGAGAGAUCUUCAGAUCGUCUCGGCCCACUAUCAGGACAACACCAAAAGACCAAUGGGAGGGUACGAAAUCUGCCACGAUGAGAGACAUCCGCGCUACGGGAUUGCGUAUUCUGCCGGCGGACUGUUUCCUCUGUUUGUUGUCGACCUCAAACGGCAUCUGAUAACGGCUGUGCAUCUCGACAAGGACCACCUUCCUGUCAUUGGCAUUUCCAACGGACGCAUGGGAGUGUGGAAGUACACGCAUGACUAUCUGGACCAACAGUGCUGUGAACAAGACAAGCCAGGAGUUCAGAAGGUGAUGGAUGAGAUUUUUGAGGAACUUGAGCUGUGCAUUGAGGCCAUGAAUGAGGUCGGCGACGGCGAUUUCGAUCCAGUUUGGUUUUAG